AUGACUUCUCCUCCUAAUCACAAUACCAGUAAUAGUUGGAAUGGGUUCUCUUCCCUCAUGCUCAACUAUACCACAACCACCACCACCAGCAAUUGUUCUUCUUCUAUCAAAGCUAAGAUCAUGUCUCAUCCCUACUAUCCUCUUCUCUUAUCUGCUUACGUCAACUGCCAAAAGAUUGGAGCACCACCUGAAGUGGUGGCAAAGUUAGAGGAAGGUUAUGCGUCGUCUGAGGAAGCCAUGGCUAGGAACAGAAGGGGAUGCUUAGGUGAAGACCCAGCACUUGAUCAGUUCAUGGAAGCUUACUGUGUGAUGCUCACUAAGUAUGAACAAGAGCUCACCAAACCCUUUAAAGAAGCUAUGAUGUUCGGCUCUAGGAUUGAAUGCCAAUUCAAGUCUCUCACUGUGUCCUCCUCUACAGAUUCUGGUGAUGACCCCUUCUUUGUUAAUUAA